CACACACACACACACACACACACACUCACACUCACACGUACCGGCUCUCAGCAGUUUCUCGUCUAGUCGUUGUCUGUUUGUGGUGAGAUGCCAUGCGUCUGUCCAGGUCUCAGCCGAAGUUUACGCACGAGUACCAGAGUCUGAUGGACAUGGACAAAAAGAGCUGCACAUCAAUGAGCGUCUUUGAGUUGGCUUUAGAGGGCAAUGCCCCAGCUCUGGAGGGGCACUCGAGUAACCUGGGCACACGGGACGCUGGCGGUGCGACGCCGAUGCAUUAUGCCUCCUCCAAAGGCCACACCCGAGUCAUCAACCUCAUCAUCCAUAUCGCCGGCCCUCAGGAGCUUGAUGUUGUAGAUGAUGAAGGGAACACUCCUUUGCACUGGGCUGUUCAGCAGGAUCAACAUGGAAGCUGUUCAACACUCCUGAGUCUCGGGGCGAAUCCCAACAUCCUGAACAGAGCGUCUCUCUCACCUCUGCACCUCGCUGCCAGCCUCAGACACAACCACAUUCUGGAGCAACUCCUGACACACAGUCAAACGAAUGUGAACCUGGAGGGCGACCUGGGAAACACACCUUUAAUCCUGGCUGCUUCAGUGGACAAUCACGAGGCACUUCUUACACUGCACAGGAACGGAGCCAGACUCUUCUGCCAGAACAUGCUGGGUCACUUCCCCAUCCACGCCGCAGCCUUCGCCGGAGCCAAGAAAUCCAUGGAAGUGGUUCUCCAAAAAGGAGAGGAGACGGGCGUUCCUAUCGAGAGACACAUUAACUACCUGGACAAAUCCAUCAGCACGCCUCUUCACCUGGCUGUUCGUGGAGGAAACCUCGAGGUCAUCAAGCUCUGCAUCGCUCACGGAGCCAAAAUCGACCAGCAGCAGUGUGAUAAAUCCACAGCUCUGCACUUCGCCUGCACUCAGGGAGCCAUCGAAGCCGUCAAGGUGAUGCUCCAGGCGUACGAGAGAGUGUGUGACAUCAUCAACAUCACCGACGGAGCAUUCCAAACACCGCUUCAUAAGGCGGCCAUUUUUGACCACUACGACCUGGUGGAGUAUCUAAUCUCACAGGGUGCUGACAUAGACUUCACUGACUGUAAAGGCCACUCGCCACUACUGCUAGCAACCAGCUGCGGCGCGUGGAGAAGCGUGAACCUGCUGCUGUCACACGGUGCUGAUCUGACAGUUAAAGACAAAGCAGGAUGUAACUUCCUGCAUCUCGCCAUCCUGCAGCCCAGAGGUCUGAAGAACCUUCCAGCUGAAGUUCUGCAGAACGAGAGUGCAAGAGAUCUGCUGAAUGAUGAAGAUGCAGAGGGCUGCACUCCUCUUCACUACGCCUGCAGGCUGGGAAUCCCCGACUCGGUGAAGAACAUGCUCGGCCUAGAGGUCUCACUUGACCAGAAGUCCAAGCAGAAGAAAUCGGCCUUACACUUUGCAGCCGAGUAUGGGAGGAUCAACACGUGCCACCGGCUCCUGGAGACCAUGACAGACACGCGUCUGCUAAACGAGGGUGAUGAAAAGGGCAUGACACCGUUACACCUGGCUUCACAUGGUGGUCACGUUAAAGUGGUCGAGCUGCUCCUCAGAAAAGGUGCUCUGUUCCACAGCGAUUAUAAAGGCUGGUCCUGUUUACAUCACGCAGCAGCUGAGGGCUUCACGCAGACAAUGGACAGCUUACUCAUAGCCAACAUCAAACUCCUGGACAAGACCGACUGUGAUGGAAACACGGCGCUGCAUUUAGCUGCGCGAGCCGGACACGUCGCUGCCGUUCGCCUCCUGCUGUCCAGAGGAGCUCAGAUCCUGCUGAACCGGAGUGACGCCACCUUCCUGCAUGAGGCCAUCCACAACGGGAGGAAAGACGUCACGAUUGCCGUGAUCGACAGCGACAGGUGCGAGGAGGCCUUCACGAUGUUUAAAGUAAACUCAGCCAAGCGCUGCCCUGUACUGGACAUGAUCGAGUUUCUCCCUGAAUGUGUCAAGCAUCUCUUAGACACCUGCAUUAAAGAGUCAGAGGAAGACGUGAACUCCUCCAACUACUAUCUGGAGUAUAAUUUCCAGUGGCUUCAGCAGCCGAUACAGUAUGCUAAGAAGUCAGAGCAAACAGAGAAUGGAGACACGUACAAACCCCUGGCUGCUCUGAACGCCAUGGUGCAGUUCAAUCGUGUCGAUUUACUGACUCAUCCAGUGUGCAAGAAAUAUCUGGAAAUGAAAUGGCAUGCGUAUGGUGUGAAAGCUCACUUGCUCAAUAUGACCAUGUACACGCUGGGAGUUUUCCCACUGACCUACCUGAUCGUCAAUCUGCGGCCUAAUUUGAAUGUGGAAAGAAACAUCAGAACCAUCAACAUGGUCACCAAAUCUCUCAACAAGCAAAGUUACUUCAUCACAACCUGCAUGUUCCUGGUCCUGACAAUGAAUUUAUAUGCUGUGGGUAAAGAAGUAGUUCAGAUGUUUCAGCAGAGGUUAAAGUACCUGCAGGACCGAUCGAACGUGAUGGACUGGGCUGCAACCAUCUGCUCUCUGCUCUUCGUCGUUCCUCUCCUGAUGAACGUAAAGAAUUCGUGGCACUGGCAGGCUGGAGCUUUGGCGUCUCUCGCCUCCUGGGUCAACCUGCUCCUCUAUAUGCAGCGGUUUCAGAGGUUUGGGAUCUACGUGGUGAUGUUCCGGGAGAUCUGCAAGACGCUCCUGAGCAUCAUUCUGAUCUUCGUUUAUCUGAUCCUGGCGUUCGCUCUGGCCUUCAACGCGCUGAUGAUCGAGCAGAGACAUUUUGGACGUCUGUUUCUUUCCUUGAUGCAAACGUUUGCUAUGAUGGCAGGUGAGAUCAACUACCAGGACAACUUCCUGAAACCUUACAUGAAUAAACACCUUCCGUUCCCCGUGCUGACAUACUUCGUCUUAAUUUGGUUCGUCCUGCUGGUGCCGAUUCUGCUCAUGAACCUGCUAAUUGGUUUGGCUGUGGGAGACAUCGCUGAGGUGAAGAACAACGCCUGUCUGAAACAGAUAGGAAUGCAGAUUGAACUUCACACUAAUCUGGAGGAGCGUCUGCCGUACUGGUUCAUGAAGAGAAUCGACCAAAUCGCUAUUAAAGAAUUUCCUAACAAGUGCUACCAUGGCAGGAAGUGGUUCUCCUGUAGAGGUGAAGUAAACCGCGUCAGAGCACGACUGAGUUCCAGCACACGGCAGUGCACACAACUGGAGAGAGAACUCACCAAGCAGAAACACAGACUAAAGGACCUUUCUGAGCUGAUGGAGAAGCAGCACACCCUGCUGAAGCUGGUCGUACAGAAGAUGGAGAUCAGUUCGGAGGCGGAGGAACACGACGGUCCUCGAAUCGUGCGCGACUUCACGCACAAACUCAGCACUCGCAGCAAGUGGGGGCCGUUACUGCGUGCCGUCACAGCCAAGAGGAAGUGACAUCACAACUCGCCAUACCGAGCCAACCCUGAAAACCUGUCGCACCCGUCAAACACCACUGCAGUUAGAGCUCUUUUUUGAGAAAUACAUGAGAACCGAGCUCUUUAUUUUUUAUUCAUUCUUCGUUCUGCUGUUAAUAAAGUAGACAUAUCUCUCUCACACACACACACACA